CCGUGUGCUGCAAUUCAGCCCCCAGGCUGACAGUUGCUGGUCUUCUCAGAUGUGAAGUCCAGAUUUGCGUUUGGAGCUGUGAGUCACUGUUGGGACUGUGAGUCACUCAAAGGGGUGAAUCAUGCCUAGGAAGGUCAGCAGAGUUGAGUCCUGGACAGAGGAGACAGGGCAGCACAAUUCAUGGACUUCACGCAUCUUCAAUUACAAAUGCUAUAUCGUCUUCCUGACUGGCUGUUAUAGUUGCCACUGGAAAUUCAGACGAUGGGAAAAAACUAAACUGGGAUCCUGUUGCUGCACCUGGAGAGAACAAGUCUUUUGCACGUUCCUGGUAAUUGCAUUUAUCAUGUCUGUGGUCAUGCUCUUCACCUGGAUAGAAACCUCCAAUGAGUACUUUGGCUUUAACUGGGUCGUUUUUCUGCUAACAGGAUACUGGUUCUUCUGGUCCAUUCUAAUGCUGAGUUUAUUUGGGAUACUGACUGCCUACACUUUGUUGCUAUUGAUACUUGGAAUUUUGUUGUUUCGGGAAAGGAUUGAGCUAUACCUGCACGUAUGUCAUAAGGUCUUGAUUAUGAUAACGAUCCUGCUGAAUGUUUUAUUAAUGUUGAUUUUAUUCAGAUUCUGGAAUGAAAGGUGGCUGGUAGUUGGGCUGUCCCUGAAGGUGGCACCAGAGAAUACCAUUAUGGCCUUUGAGAAAGCUGUUGAAGAAGGAGCUUAUGGGCUGGAGACGGACGUACACAUAAGUAUAGAUCAAGUGCCUUUUCUCAUGCACGACUAUGAUUUGAGGAGAACAACCAAUAUCAGAGAGGUCAUGCCAAAGGCUGCCUAUCAUCACCCUUCCUCCUUCCCUUGGAGUAACUUGUCAAAGCUGAAUGCUGGCAAAUGGUUCUUACGUCCAGAGACCAGACCAUAUUUAUAUAUGAAACCUAUAUCAGAGGCUGAUAAAAAACGAGCAGGGAACCAGUCAAUUCCACAACUGACUGAUUUAUUGGAACUUGCAAAGAAGGAAAGAAAAACUGUGAUAUUUGACCUUUUUGGUCCUCCACGACAUCAUCCUCUCAGACACACAUAUGUCCAUCGGGUAGUAAGCGUGAUCCUUGCUUCUAAAAUUGAACAACAUCUGAUUUUUUGGUUGCCAGGUCACGAUAGGGACUACGUCAAGUUCAUAGCCCCUGGUUUUCAACAUGUGGGCCGUUUAUUCCCUAUUGACCGCCUUAUAAAAGAAAAUAUCAGUAUAAUAAAUGUUGACUACAAGAGGCUAUUCUACAAUGGGUUGAAGGAUUAUAAAGCAGCUAACAUCUAUAUCAAUUUAUACCUUGUCAAUGAGCCUUGGAUUUUCUCACUGGCCUGGUGUUCCAGAAUUAAUUCAGUGACAACAGACAACAUUCCACUCCUGAGUCAGCUUAAUCACCCCCACUUCUUCAUGACUCCACGGUACUAUAUGUGCAUAUGGCUUAUCAUGGAUAUUAUUUCUGCAAUUUUCAUUUAUGCCAUAUUUUGUUUUCACUGGUGGAGAGAGCUCAAAAAUGAAAAAUUGCUUGAAGCCUCCAGAAUUUUCGAAGAGGAAAGUUUAAGUCUCUCAGUGGAACAAAGUGAGAAUCAAGAAGCUUCACAAUUACCUAAAAAGCCUUUUACCCGAGUUGAAGAACGUCCUUGGAUUCUAGGUUUACUUGGUAACAGAAGGAAACAAACAGAUGCUUCCCUUUUUGAAGAAACCCUUGAGAAGAAACCAGGGUCUAUCAAGAUUGUUCAGAGCACUGUUACACCAGAAGUGCCCCUGCAGGACUUUAAAGCUCGCCAAGCUGGUGAAACUGCUCCUCAAACUACCUUGCCUAUUGCAGAGGCAAAUAAAUCAACAGUGCCCAUCACAGGGGCCCCCCAUCCUAAAAUAUAGCAAAAUACACCCACAUUAGAACCUUCCAAAAAAUCUCAUGCUACAUCAGACAUCCCCUUAUAGGAUGUUAUUCAAGAGGAAGUAACUGACGCACCUCAACCCUUCUUCCUCUCUGUGGCUAAGAGUAGUAAUGGUGGAGAGUGAUCAAGAAGGCACAUAACAGGGAUAUCGAGGCUGUCAGGAGUACCAUUUUGGUCCAGCCUUUCUAUAAAGAAUGCAUCUUAUAGUACAUGGAGAAAAUAGUGGUGUGUGGUCUUGGAUCUGGAGAUCAUUGUUCUCUGAGUUAACAUUUUUGUAGUAUUUUCUGCUAAAGAAGUGACUGUGGUAAACAUCAACAUUUA